CAUGUCAGUGGAGUCACCUCCACUAAAUGGAAAAGCCAAAAAGCCCGUAAUGGUGCCAGAAACGGACGUUAAAUCCAAGGGCCAAGAGGGCUUGCGAAAUACUACCAACCAAACGAUUGAGGGCAAUAAUUCAGUGUUGCUAACACAAAAAUUACAGCCAGUGAUUAAAGGCAACAUGAGCCAGACAAUAGAUCAAAAGGAUUGGCGAAAUGACGAAGGACACAUGAAAAAUUUGCGUGAUUCAGCAGAUAAUAAGAGUUUGGCAAAUAUUUCUGAAAACCAUUUAUCUCCAAAUGAUCUAGGUCAUUUCAGUACAACCCCUCACAAGUUGUUUGCUAUAAAUAUCUAUGGUUCACAUCCUCAACUUCCAAGUGUGCACCAUGAAAUGAAGACUACCACUGAGAACAGACAGGAUGGGGAACAUACCAUAGAACCAGUAGAUGAGUUUAGAGACACCAAUUCCUUCGCUGACAACGGUCGGAAAGUUCUAGUUGACUCAUCAGAAUUUCACAUUGGCAAAGGUGAGAUGUUAAAAAAUCCUGGCCAGCUUACAACUGAUAUCAACGAAAAUAACUCAGAGAAUGCCAAUUUUGGGGGCAAGACAGAUUCAUUUAGCUCUAAUGAUUCAAUUAGUUCGAUGCCACUUCACUUUAAACUUAAGAUUAAGAUGGACAACAGUGGAAAACAACCUGUGAUUAACUGCACUCUGUCCCAAUGCCCUGAGAAUGACUUCGCGAUACAGGAAGAUAGGACGAAUACCUCAACGUUGCCAGUAAAUGGAUCAAAACCUGAACCUAUUGUAUCGCCGCAGAAAUUAUUUGUCAGCCAGAACAAUUCUAAACUUGGAGAUUUUCGAGUAACGUUUAAAACUGGUCAGCCAGAGUCAAUGAAUCAGAAACAAGAAGUGAAAGAAUCGCGUGCACCCCCGAUGAAUUUAACAAAAAUUAUAAUACCACCUUCUCAUAUGCAGGAUAUAACAAACCUUUCCCAGCAGAAAAAUGCUUCUAAAACUCCCAUUCAGCAGUUAAAAAGUUCUUCUAAACAGCAAAAUGGAGACGUGCCCACUUUAUACCAUAACGAUACGGUAUCAUUAGAAACAAAUAAAAACGCAGAGCAAGGGCAAGUGAAAACCGACGACAAUACAAAGACUAUGAAGAUCAGCGACAACAACAAACCUGACGAGAUGAGAGGGGCAGAGCAAAAAGCAACUACAAUGGACGAGAGUGCUGCAAGCAACAUCCAAAACUCUUCUAAUCUAAAAGUUUCUGUGGGUGAGAAGUACGAAACUGGUAACAACGUAAAGGACCCAGUUGUGACUGGGGGCCCAGUUCAAGAACCUGGCAACGCAAAGGCCUCUGAUAAAUUCAGGGAGCAAAAACAGAUUUUUACGAACAACAAGUUUCAAGCCAAUUUACAAUCGGACAGUGUAACAAAGGAACUAGAAAAUGCUAAUAUGAAAAGUCCUUUUCUUGAGCAAGAGCAGCUAAGUCCUCACGAUUUUGUUCAAAUUCAGAGCCGUCCACAACUAAAGAUAAUUUUAAAAACUCCUGGGAGAAUUUUGAAUCCUCUGAACAGACGGUCAGGUGCUAAAGGUCACAUCGUGCAGAUCUUAAAAAGCUUGAUCGAUAGGCCGCUUGAGUUAGAUUCUAAGGGCAAAGAGGUCGUUUCUAUGUUAUCCAGUUUCACCAACAAGACAGUAACAGGAACGGCUCGAGAGAGAAUAUCUCAAGAUGAUUCCAAGGCAGUGGAAGAUGGUGGAAAUAUCGCCCAGAGUAUUUUAGAAGCAAACAAGGAAUACCUUGACGCUAUUGCUACGCAGGGAAUGGUAUUCAGUGAUGGGGAUCCUGAAACAGAGAAUAUGACAAGCAUGGAUGGCUCGAUUAAUCACAGUCAUGGCUAUCAACAGCAGGAAUAUGAAGCUUCUCGGUGGAAAAGUCCACACACAGAAGGAGAAGAUUCUUCAACAGAGCCCCAAGAGCAUAGCCUCGGCAUUAAUACUCACCAAGGUGAUUCGGUCCAGGGUGAAUAUUUGAUAACUCGACUUCAAGAGGACGGAGGCAGUGGUGAAAGUGUUAGUGGGAUGGGAACCAACAAAAACACUGGGUCGGUUAAACCUGAACACGAUAAAGGAUCCAAAGGCCUGCCUAACAGAGCAGGCAGGGUGUCUGUCACAGGUGGACUGCCUGGAGUAUCAGAAAUGAACGCUUACAAAGGAGGGAUGCGCAAACCAAAAGUUGAUUCACGAUUGAAGUCCUUCUGCAUCGGAAAGUCAAGCGGAAUCUACACAAAUCCUUUCGAACAAAAGAGCUUUGUCGUCUGCUCUUAUGGAGUGUCAGAGGAGAGACAGUGUCCUGAGGCCAUGUUGUUUAACCCUAAAGAAAAGAUGUGCGAUGUGCCAGAUCAGAGAAACACCAUGAGGACAAAGAAAAGGAAAGAAACCACCAAAAAAUGAUUGAGACGUUCUCGUUGAUGAUUCCUUCUUCACAAUAUUUGUCUCAUGGAAAAGUGACCUUCCUAAGAAAAUACAUGUUCAAUUUAAAACGUAUUGAAAUUUCAAUUCAAUGAAAAAUUACUUCAUGAAUAACAUCUCCGUUUGCAUUCCCGCCCCCUUCCCUACACAACAAGACAAGUCUGCAUUUAUUUUCCAAAAUGUAAAUGUACAUUUCUAGCUUAACUAUGGAAGACAACUAACGCCAAUAAAACAGAUUGCCCCUUUUAGUUGUGAUAUUUAAGUGUGUAUAGAUAUUUGAUCCACUUGGAUUACAAGCCGACAUUCUUGGAAGGGUUUAUCUUAGUCAUCAGAUAUCUACAAAAGGAAAACAAAAGGAGAAUAAAAAGAAUCGUCACCUGAAGAAGACCUCGGAAUCUUUCUUAGCUUUCAAACAUAUCUUUAAAUGUGGCUUUGAUAGCACACAAAAACAAAAAUCCAAGUAACAUUGACUUAUUCUUAGGCUUAAAAAUAUGAAACAUGGAC